GAGCCGAGGGCGAGGAGGAGGCAGCAGCAGCGGCGGCGGCGGCGCAUGGCGGCGGUGGUGCGGGGUUUAGGCGGGCGGGCGGCAGCGUGAGCGAGAAGGAGCGAACAGCAGCGGCCGGCGGCGGCCAUGGGGAACCGAGCGUCGUGCUGCGUGGCGGCGCCCGGCAGCCCGGGCCCGUCCCGCAACCACGCCGAGCCGUACCGCGCGGCGCACGCUGACGACGAGCGCGACGGAGGCGCCGCCGUCCACCUCCAGCACAUCAGCGACAGGGAGGCGGCGCUCGACGAGGUGGGUGGGGAGUGUAACCCCUCGGACCACCCGCGUGCCAGCACCAUCUUCCUCAGCAAGUCCCACCCAGACGUUCGCGACAAGAGGAAGAGCGUCCACAUGAACCACGUCUCUCCGACGCAGCCUCUGAAGAAGUCAAGCUCCUGCUCCACGAUUUUUCUGGACGACAGCACCGUGAGCCAGCCCAACCUCAAGUACACCAUCAAGUGCGUGGCGUUGGCCGUUUACUACCACAUCAAGAAAAGGGACCCUGAUGUGCGGCUCAUGGAGAUCUUCGAUGAAAAACUUCAUCCUCUCUCUAAGAGCGAGACGCCGGCUGAUUACGAGAAGCAUGAGCCGGACCACAAGCAGAUCUACCGCUUCGUGCGCACGCUGUUCAACGCCGCGCAGCUCACCGCCGAGUGCGCCAUCGUUACCCUCGUGUAUCUGGAGCGGCUGCUGACGUACGCGGAGGUGUCCGUGUGUCCGGGCGGGUGGAAGCGCAUGCUGCUGGGAGCCAUCCUGCUGGCGUCGAAGGUGUGGGACGACCAGGCCGUGUGGAACGUCGACUACUGCCAGAUCCUGCGCGACAUCACGGUGGACGACAUGAACGAGCUGGAGAGACAGUUCCUGGAGAUGCUGCAGUUCAACAUCAACGUGCCGUCCAGUGUCUACGCCAAGUACUACUUCGACCUGCGGUCGCUCGCCAAUGACAACAACCUCAACUUCCCCCUGGAGCCGCUCAGCAAGGAGCGCGCACAGAAGCUUGAGGCCAUCUCUCGGCUCUGCGAGGACAAGUACAAGGACCUGAACAAGACGACGAUGCGACGCUCAAUCAGCGCGGACAACCUGGUGGGCCUGCGGAGAACCAACGCAGUGCUGUCUUAACCCCAUCAACACCAUCACAGCCAUCACCUCCACCACAGUGCUGUCCUAUCCCCAUCAACACCAUCACGGCCAUCGCUAACUCCAUCAUCAGCACCUCCACUCCCCUGCUGUUCUAACCCCACCAUCACACCCAUCAUCGUCAUUAUCACCGCCAUCAAAACUGUGCUUUCCUUGCCCCAUCACUCACAUCAUCAUCUCCAUCACUUCCACUCCAUUGUUAUCCGUAAGACCACUAUAAUCACAAUCACUAUUGUCAUCAACACUUACCACCGCCACUACUCCCUGCUUCUCUACAUGUGGCACAUCUCAGGCAGAUGGACGGGGUUGGGAGGAUGAGGAGGUUUCUGCGGUCAUGGGUCAGACUUAAUAGUGGAUAAAACUAGGUGUGAUGGGUAAUGUACAUGAAUGUCAGCUGACUGGAAUUUAGGGCAAGAGGUAUUAAGUAUGGUCAGGAAGGACUGGGGGAUUAGUGACUUCAUUUUUCGUGAUAGCCUAGAAUAUAGAAAUGGAUCGUGAUGGACUAGGGUAGAGGGAUGCAGGCUGGGUUUCAUGUGAUGGUAUGAUGCGAUGGUAUCACCGUGGAGAGACUGGGUCCAUCCCAGCUACGCAGCCCACCCAGAGCACUCGUUGCGUGGAGCGACUCUUCGUGAAGGUGCCGCCUCCUCUUGCUCGGGAGACGAUAACUCUGAAAACGUUGCUCCUUCGUGGGCUGAGAUUCGUGGACUUUGGAUGAACCUGACCCCAGAGGGAGAACCCCACCUUGGGAGGAACCGGGGGGGGGGCCUGUACCGCUCGGGGACCUCCGGGGAGUGCGGCGAUGGAUUCCACUUGCCGUGCACCACACGCGGCUCUGAAGUUUAAUUCUUCCGUGGGAGGAGGGGGGGGGGGCGUGGAGGUGCGAGGAAUUCAAGUGGUUGUGGUCGUGAAGAUUGAGCUCCGGGCUCUUGAAACGCGAGCGGAGCGUGGCACAAGCGGCAGUUACCGAUGGACGUAGCCAAGCGGCACCAACCCCGAACCCUGGCCACGACCGUGGCUCCGCGUGCACAGCCCCAGCGUCGCGCUGCCAUGCGGGGGGGGGGUCAAGCUGGGCCACCCUGGAGCAAGCCGUUCGGCCGCGCAACAUCUCCCCGCCACCUCCGAGACAUUUCAGCCCGUUGGCCUCCCAUUGGCCGGGCGCCUCCAUUUAUUUUCUUAUCGAUGUUAUUUUUGUUUUGUUAUGGAAGUGAUUUAAGUUACAUUUGUAGGUUGAUUUUAAUUUUUUUUAAAUGCAGUAUUAGUAAUUUCAGGUCCAAUGUUUAGCAACGAGACCUGCGUGGAUCCUGAAGGGGGGCAGUGGGAGCUGAUGAAUUGCACAUCGGGGGCUGGAGGGGAUCGGGGGGGGUGGGGGGGCGGAAAUGUCGCUGCCCACCCCCCGCCCCCCACCCCACGGCCCCGACGCCACUUGAACUCCACGCGCCCGUCGUGGAUCCGCCCCCGCGGCCCCUGCCCCCUGCGAGUGCCGCUCCCUGUUCCGCCGCAGCAGCCGCUUGCUUAGAAUCUGCGGUCUCCCCUGCGAAGCAGGGCGGGGGCCCAGCGAGCUUCGCCUCCACUUUCUCGUGGGGUGCGUAGAGUCCACUGUUGAUUUAGGGCCAUAACGUUUUACAAGUUACUUUACGCACAGUUUUUUUUCCUCCAAAUUUACGAUUCGGGCGAUGAUAGCACACAAGUAUCCUCUUACAAUGACAUCACAGGGUCUUUUUGAGUCCAAUUUUACAGCAGACGACGAUGCACUUUGGUAAUUCCCGUGUAAGUUGCCGGGCAGCUGUAUUGAGAAUUGAACUGUGACCCACGUGCCGACUGGCCAGCUGUCCGCUCGCAUUUGCCCGACGCAGCGAGUGUUGCCAGCCGAAUAAAUGAUCUGUCAGCCGAGGAGAAAGCCCGUCAGCCAGAACGCGCAUGUGAGUUUACAUGCGCAUGCCAAGACAGCGAGGGUCCGGGUGUUCAGGGCGCACUGCAUCAUGGAUAUUACCCACAAUGCCACCCUCCAUCACAGAGCAAGCACACAGCAGCCUGGCCGUAGCACCGGCUUCCAUGAGCACUUGUGUGGCCUCGUUCAGCCGAGCGGUGCUAAUUGGACAUGACGGACAACAACUGUCUGUCGAAUUAACCCCGAAUGGUGUUCAUCGGUGCAUCGUAGCUCAAAUGUUGUACGGUAGGAAUGGUGCCUGUGGGCGUGAGUGCAAGCGCGGCCGAUAGUUCAACCUGCAGACGCGGUUGUGGUAAGGCAGCAGCGAGGGUCCGCAGUGAGAGAUGGAAUCCGUGUUGAGCACCAGGCCGCUGCUGUGCCCUCUCUGAUGAGGCCCGCGGGACAGCUGUGCGCUGCUCACACGGUGCUGUGCAGCCGGGAACGUCCUUCGCCUCGGCGGCGGCGGCGAAACGUCGACGUGUCCCGUGAACAAAGUGUGGCGAGGGUUGUCGGUUUCAUUGUUUUAAGUUUGCGUGCGUGAGUCGUGCCGAGUCGUCCGAAAGUGAAACAAUUGAGCGUGGUGGGGUGAGGCAAUGCGAGCCUUGGUGGGGGGGGGGGGGCAUCACCCUUCGCACGGCACAACACCUCAACUACUGUACCCAGGGUGGUGAUGAAGAUGAGGGUGACUACGAUGAGGGUGACUACGAUGAGGGUGAUGAUGAUGAGGGUGAUGAUGAUGAGGGUGAUGAUGAGGGUGAGUGACACUACUGCGCAGACCCCGAGUGUGGUGGCGAGGGAGCGUGUUUUGUAACGUGAACUGUGCUAAUGAAUUUCAAGCCCAAAUAAUUGAGCUGUAACUGGCUAAAUUGGCGCAAAACAUAUAUAUGCGGUAUAUAUAAGAAAAGGUAUAUACAAAUAUAUAUUUUUUAUAACGAUGUGUUUUUAAAUGGCGGGGAAAGUCUGAAGUGACGUGCGCUUUUGAAAAUCAGAAGUGCCGGUGGGUUGUAAUUUAUCGCGUGCUUCAUCAAAACUUGAUCGGGCUGAGUGGAUUUGCAGACGUGGUAAUAUCAGCUGAAUGUACAAGUCAGUUUCCAGUUUUGAAAGAAAAAAAUCGCAUAAAUAAAACAUUUGUUGGCCAAGGAAUCGGAGAUCCCAGAAAUAUUUUCUACCAACGAGGCAAGCGGUUUCUAGUGCUUUCUACCUCCAAGUUGUCGUCUUAAUGUAAAUAACUUUUUACUGGGAGGGAACAAAUAAACGCCAACUUUCAAA